AUGGCAGAAAAACCAAUUAGUCUCGAGGACAUCUACAAUUUAAUUACAAACUCCAAUACGGAACUCAAGGGUGAAAUUGAACAAUUAAAUAAGAACAUCACAGAAGUAAAAAAAGAGAUAGAGAACACGAAUAAUAAAUUUAAAGAAAUUGAAGAGGAAAAUAAAACAUUAAAAAACAAACUGAAUGUGCUUGAAGCUAAGUUGAAGAAGUAUAGCGUAGUUGCAUAUGGGAUAAAUGAGGAAGAUAAAGGAGCAGCAGAAGAAGCUAAAGAAUUUAUCGAACAAAAAUUGGAAAUUUUCAUAGAAGCAACCCAGAUAAGAGAUUCCCAUCGCAUAGGUAGAAAGGUAGAGAAUCAAAAAAAGCCACGACCACUUGUUAUUGAACUGCUGAACUAUAGAACCAAACAAAAUAUUUUGAUAAAAUCUAAACAAUUACCGAAACGAUCUGGCGUAUUUGUCACCAAUGACUACACAAAGGAAGAAUACGAAAAAAGAAAAGUCCUACAUGCACAUUUAAAACAAGCUAGACAAGCAAAUAACUCAGCAUAUAUAAAAAAACAACAAAUUAUAUGUGAAUGGUGA